AUGGCUGAGCCACCACUAAAGAAAUUGAAGAAAGACUUCGAUCACUUCACGGCACCACUGAAAGUUUUAGUGGGGGACAACGGGCAGGAGUUCUAUAUCAAUGAACAGUUGAUCUGCUCUAUGUCAAAGCUUUUCGAGGAGUUAUGUAAGAAGAAGGAUACUCCCAAAAAGAAGGCGGGCGAGAAGGGCACCGAGAGAAGUCGUACAUUCGCUCCUCCUGAUGAAGAUCCAAAUAUUUUUGCCCUAUUCCUCGUCUGGCUUACGAAUGGCAAUAUCGACGCUGCCGAGGACCUAGUUCAAAUCAGAAGUUCACCCCUUGGGGGCCUCAGAUGCGAGGCACUCAAGAAGCUGGUCAAAGAAAUGGAUCUGCGAUUCUUCCAACUUGUCGAUUGCUAUUAUUUGGGCUCUGACAUCCAAUCCGAAGAGUUCCAGAACUUUGUGAUGGAUAGCAUUGUUGAUCUGGUUACGGAGAGGACUUCUCAAACUGGAAGUGUACCUAAAGGAGAGAUUUCAGCCUUGGCUAGCAGUACAAAGGAGAUUCACGAAAUAUACGUGAAAACUUGGGCAGACAGUCCUCUGAGAAUGUUCUUGCACCGAUAUCACCUCUGCGAACAAGUUCUCAUGACCCCGGCUUACGUUCAGGAGCUCAUUGAGCUUGGUUGUCACGAUUAUAUCAGCGAUGUUAUUACUGAGUCCGCCCGAUUCUACACCAGACCUGUCGGAGCAUCACGUCCUUCUUCAUCCCAGUAUUGUGACUUUACCUGCACGAGGGCAAGCCAGAUGAUUACGAUUGCAUCGCGGAGCAGAAUGGGGAGAGUUCUGAUGAGGAAGAAGAAGAUGAAAUAUGAGUGGAGGGAUUCAUAA